CCUGUCAGCGCCCCGGCGUCGUGGUGCUUGGGCGCUCGCCAUCCGCGGGACUCCGCUGCGACCUCGUCAGGAGCCGCCGGCCGGCCUGGCUCGCUCGCCUCUGCCGUCGGCCCUGCCCGCGCCCCCCGGCUCGCAGGCCGCCCGGUAGCAGGAGCGUGCGCGUCGUCCCCGAGCGAGGCCCCGGGCCCAGCCGCGCCUCAGCACCGCCGUGGGCUCCGAGGCCCGCGGGAUGCAGCCUCCGGGCCCGCCCCCGGCCUACGCGCCCGCUAACGGGGACUUCACCUUCGUCUCCUCGGCCGACGCGGAAGAUCUCAGUGGUUCUAUAGCCGCUCCAGAUGUCAAAUUAAACCUCGGUGGAGGUGGAGAAUUUAUCAAAGAAUCUACAGCUACUACGUUUCUGAGACAAAGAGGGUAUGGCUGGCUUUUGGAAGUUGAAGAUGAGGACCCUGAAGAUAACAAGCCACUUUUGGAAGAAUUGGACAUUGAUCUAAAGGAUAUUUACUACAAAAUCCGUUGUGUUUUGAUGCCAAUGCCAUCACUUGGUUUUAAUAGACAAGUGGUGAGAGACAAUCCUGACUUUUGGGGUCCACUAGCUGUUGUCCUUUUCUUUUCAAUGAUAUCAUUAUAUGGACAGUUUAGGGUGGUCUCAUGGAUUAUAACCAUUUGGAUAUUUGGUUCACUGACUAUUUUCUUACUGGCUAGAGUUCUUGGUGGAGAAGUUGCAUAUGGCCAAGUGCUUGGAGUGAUAGGAUAUUCACUGCUUCCUCUCAUUGUAAUAGCCCCUGUACUUUUGGUAGUUGGAUCAUUUGAGAUGGUGUCUACACUUAUAAAACUGUUUGGUGUGUUUUGGGCUGCCUACAGUGCUGCCUCAUUACUCGUAGGUGAAGAGUUCAAGACCAAAAAGCCUCUCCUCAUUUAUCCAAUCUUUUUAUUGUACAUUUACUUUUUGUCCUUGUAUACUGGGGUGUGAUCCAAGUUGUACGUGAAUUGAAAAAAAUGGUGUUACAUUUGUAUUAAGCUGGGAAUUCUUGCUGAAGGGGUUGGAAAAAACAUAACUAGUAAAAUUUUAUACAUUCCAGAUAGAAAGGCAGGUUUAAAAUCUUUUUAAAACAAUAUUUUUUGUAUUUAAGUAAUUACAGUUAUCUGGGAUUUUUUUGGUCAGAAUUCUGAAUUCUGUUUGGUUCUUCAUAUUUCACAAAUAAAUAAAAAAGUUGUGUUUUUUCAGAUUGUGUCAAUAUUCACCUGAAUACUUGUGCCAAAAGCACCUAGAUAAUUGUAUCUCACUUGAAGUAUAAAUUUGACAACAUCCUGAAAAAUAUAAAAGUGCAAUUUUUUUCUUUAAAGAAUUUCCUCCUGCCCCACAGAUUCUGUAGAUACCUAUUUAUAUUUAUACAUAUAUAUAUUUAUGAGAUAAUUCUUAUUCACAAACUAUAUUUCUGAAUAGUUUAAAAAUUAAGAUACUAAAUCUGAUGCUAAACUUUCCUAAUUUGGCCAUUAAUGUCUUUUAUUUAAAACUUAAAAUCUGUUUUUAAAUUGUAUAAUUUUUGAAAUAAUAGUUGCGGUGUAGAUUUGGUUUGUGUGUAUAUGCUCUUAAAAAACAUUUUUGAAUGUCUAAACAUUUGAUUUAAAGUUUCUGUUUAUCUUUUUGACCAAAGGAGCAAGAGAUAUAAUUGAUAUGGCAUUCAUUAAAAUCAUUAAUAUAUAGGAAAAGUAAUAUUUAUAGCAUCAGUAAAUAUUUUUUAAGUGGUACCUUUAAAUCAUAAAAAGUUGCCGGAAAGAUACCAUUGGAGUCGUGUGGUCUUGAACAAUGUUAUAUGAAGUAGAAAAUAAAGUGUUUUCCAGCUGUG